CCGAAGUUGGCUCAAAAUGAUAGACGUUUCGCGUUUGUCGGUAAAAAAUGCCGAGAAAGAAGCCUUUUAGUAACAARCAAAAGAAGAAGCAGCUUGUACAAAAGCGGCAAAGAAAGAAGGAAGUCGAUGAAGAUGACACAAGAAGACGCACAAAGUCCAGUUCAAGUGAAAAGCAUGAUGAUGACAGUGAAGAAAAAGAAAGYGAUACUGAAGAACGUGAAACAGUUGGACUCCACCUUCAACCAGCCUUGGAGAAGGUUGAUAAAUCAAGGGACCCCAACAGGUUUGUUUUGAAAUUUGGUAAAGAWUCUAAAGCAGAACUUGAGGAACGAAAGAAGCAAGCACAUCAACCAAUCAUUUUAACAGAAGAGCAUGACCUGGAAAAGUCAAUUGAAUCURUAUACAAACCUGGCUCAGUUCUUGACAUGCCUAAGAGACCGUCAUGGAACUAUAAAAUGUCCAAGCAUAAAGUGGAGAGAAAUGAGGAAGAGAUGUUUGAAGAAUACAAAAACAAGAUUUUUACUGAAUAUAAAAACACAGAGUUGAGCUACUUUGAGUGCAAUCUUGAGACAUGGCGGCAACUGUGGAGAGUUCURGAAGUGUCAGAUAUUGUUGUCAUUGUUGCAGAUGUGAGAUUCCCGAUUCUGCACUUUUCCCCAGCACUGUAUGAUUACGCGGUCAAGGAAUUAAAGAAGCGUGUGAUUCUUCUUCUCAAUAAGAUUGAUUUAAUUGAUCCUGAACUUGUUGUUGCAUGGAAACACUACUUUAAAUCCAAACACCAGGAUCUUGAUAUUGUAUGUUUUACAUCAUUCCCAAAAGACAAAAACGAGAGGAAAAUUCAUCAUGAAAGAGUUCUCAAAAAAGCCAAGAGGAAGAAAAAACUACAAAAUUUUGCAGUUGGUGCAAGAGAAUUGUAUGAAUCCUGUUCACGGAUAUGUGGGAACAGAGUUGAUUUAACUGACUGGGAAAUUCAACUUGAAAACCRGUCAAGAGGAUUAGAAGAAGGCCAGAGUGAGAGUCUCAGCAACUCAGAGGAAUCACAAGAUGAGGAAGCCAGUCCCAUGGCAAGACACCAUGAAGAUGUAUUGCAUAAUGARGAUAUCCUUACUAUUGGCCUUGUAGGUCACCCAAAUGUUGGGAAAUCCUCUCUUUUGAAUGGUCUUGUUGGAAAAAAAGUUGUCAGCACCUCAAGAACUCCUGGUCACACAAAACAUUUUCAAACUAUAUUUCUCACUCCAAGUGUUCGGCUUUGUGAUAGCCCUGGAUUGGUAUUCCCAUCUUUGAUCGAAAAGCAAUUACAGAUUCUGUCAGGGCUGUACCCAAUCUCUCAAGUGCAAGAACCAUACACAACUGUUGGGUAUCUAGCAGCCAGAUGGCCUGUGAUACAGUUACUACAACUUGUACAUCCAAUUGAUAGUGAAACUUUAAAUGCWGAGGAAAAGAGACAGUCUAUAGGACACAGCAAGCAUCCUUGGUCUUCUAUGGAUGUCUGUGAUGCUUGGGCCGAACAGAGAGGAUUUUURACAGCAAAGGCAGGGAGAAAUGAUACUUACAGAGCAGCAAACAGUAUUCUGAGACUAGUGGUAGAGGGCAAAAUUCCCUUUUAUUUCUACCCUCCAGAUUUUAUAUCAAAUAAAGAUAAWUGGCUUGACCAUCCUGAUACAAAGAUCAUAGCAGAAUUACAAGAGAAACAAACAAAUACUGUAAAUUCUAAUGUUGACACCGAGUCAGAAAGUGAAGAGGAUGCAGAGAGUGAUUCUACGGCAAAUGCCCCUGUGGUUUCAAAUAAUCCUUUUGCCUUGUUGGCUGAUGAAUAGGCGUGWAUAGCUGCUGUCUUGAGAAUGAUGCAGCACAGUUUAUGAUUCACAACUUCGUUCCCAGGCAAGAGUUUGACAUUAAUGGCCCAGUUUGCAACAUUUUGCUUUGCGCGUCUCUAUUAUUGUUAUGAUUUACACCAAAAUACUUCUAGUAUCCAAAUAUCACCAUAAAAUGAAUUCCAGAUGUUUGAAAGCACUUAUAUUAGCGUUUAAAGUGCUUAGAAGGUCAAAGAUUCGAAACACACAGUACAAUUUACAGACUUUCAGUAAACGGAAAAUGGCCGCAUGCCGGCCCUUGCGYCUCCUAAAGCAUAAUGGUGCAUACUGGGACUUAAACAUAGCUCCUUUUGUAGCAACCCACUUGCAAAGUAUAUUAUUAUUUAAUAAAUGUAAGUUAAUAAAAGAGGAAAAAAGACAAGUUCAGAACAAUAUUUGAAGUGUUUUAAUACUAAACUUUAUAGAAAUUGUAAACUUACAAAAAUAUCCUAUAUUAACUAUAAAGARACUACAAGAGCUCUUUGCUCUUUGUACAGUAUCUGGUUUUUCAUACUUUAAAUACAUUCAUUAAUUGCAAACUAUUUGUUAUAAUUUGAUAUCUGAGUAAUCGUUAGAGUAGAUACCCUACAUCUGUGAAACAAAAUAGUACUAAUUACUAUUAAAACUGUUUGAUUGAACAAAGGAAAAAAGGAAUCAUCGUAAUUCAGCACUUAUUUUGUACUUUUUUUGUUUCCGGACUAAGUGCAUUCACUAUUUACUAAUGUUUGUAGUUUAAGGCAAAUUUUGUACUUAUUAAUGCUAMAUUGAUAUUGCAUUUCAUGCAUUUUAGUCUUUGCAUAUUUGUAGUAUUGUAAUAAUCUCUCAAAAACUGGCACUGACCGCAACAUAUAAAAUAGAUUUGGAGAACUCUUUGAUCUGUUAAUAAUUGUUGUACCAAACAUUCUUAAUAAACUAUGAAUAUACUUC